AUGAGUAUUUCUCACUCAGUCACUCCACAAAUCACUUUCGUUCCCAGACGUUUUUCUGUGCUAGGGUUUUCUCAUAUCAUCCACCGCCGUAAAUCAUCGUUGUUCAGCGACCACCGAUCACCGUUCAUAUGGAACAUGAAAAAGGUAGCUCGCAUCGAGUCGGAGAUGGUAGCUUCAUUGGUGCUGGAAAUGGUAGCUUCCUUGGUGAUGGAAGUGCUAAUUUGCAAGGAGUGA